AUGAGGCAAUUCCUCAGGAUCACCAUUUUCAUUUCUCUUUUAAAUUUAUACAUGCAGAAAAAUGGGGCUGUAUGGGGUAAAAUUCUAAAUGUGAAUAAAAACAAAGCGAGGAAUGGAAUACCAGAGGAAGGAGCUCCCUCUGAAAGUGAACAUCCAACAAGCGCGCAAAAACAGAAAGACGAGGACAGCAAUAAAGAAGUAAUGAAACAAACAACGGAGGAUAUUACAAAAUUUACGGAUGAAGCGAAGGAAGAAAAAAAUAAAACAGCGCACGAAUCUUUGAAGAUAACCAAUCAGCACGUCCUGGAGCCUGUGGAAAUAUCAUCACAGGAUGCUGAUAAGGUAAAUGGUAAGAAUGAGGAAGUAGAAGAGGAGGUGCAGACGAUGGAAGUGGAAGAUGAUGUUGAUGAAGAAGAGGAGCAGGAGGAAGACGACGAUGGAGACGAUGAUGACGACUAUGAUGAUGGGGAGGAGGAGGGGCAGCAGCUGCAAGGUGAAGCGCAGGAGGGAGAAGAAGUCGAAAAAGCAGCCCAGGAAGGAAAAGACGCAUCCCCCAAUGGCACGCAAGCUCAUCCGGGAGAUUGCCAAUGUCGCCCCGAUAUAGAAGAAUAUUUUAAUUCAACGGAAGGGCCCCUGAAGGAUCUGAUCAAGAUAAUCAAAGGAGACAAAGAACUUGAAAAUAGAAUGAAUGACAUUAUCAAAAUCAUGGUUCUCUUCUUUUUACAAUUAUAA